CAUUUUACACGCCCAUGCGUUAUAGUAAGCCGGGAUCUGUCGGCCAGGCUUGGGGAUAAACGGCGUGUCUCGCCUCAGCGCAGGCUGAGGUCCGACUCCACAUGGAGGCUCAUGAAAGCCGCUCGGCAGGUCUGCUUCGCCUCAGGACCCGGAAGAAGGAACGGAUCAUCCUGGCCAGGCUGCGCCCAUGUAAUCGGGAGGUUACAGAUCAAUAAAACAUAAUAAUAACAAUACAUAAUAAAUAAAUAGCACGACGAUAUCGGCCGGAGUCGGUGCCCACUUGUCUCCCUUGUAUGGUGGGCAGGGAUGUCGGCGUCCGCGAUAUUUAUCCUGGACUUGAAGGGGAAGGUGUUGAUAUGCCGGAACUACAUGGGCAUGCUGGACAUGGGUGAGAUCGACCACUUCAUGCCCAUCCUGAUGAAGAGGGAGGAGGAGGCGGACGCCUCUCCAGUGGCGGCCCAUGGAGCAGCUCAUUUUCUGUGGAUUAAGCAUAGCAACCUUUACUUGGUGGCCAUGACCAAGAAGAAUUCCAACGCUGCCCUUGUGUAUUCCUUCCUCUACAAGAUAGUGGAGGUAUUCCGGGAAUACUUCAAGGAGCUGGAAGAGGAGAGCAUCCGGGACAAUUUCGUGACCGUGUACGAGCUGUUGGAUGAGGUCAUGGACUUUGGCUUCCCGCAGACCACAGAUAGCAAGAUCCUCCAGGAAUAUAUCACACAGAAAGGACACAAACUGGAGGUCGGUGCCCCCCGGCCCCCAGCAACCGUCACCAACGCGGUCUCUUGGAGGUCAGAGGGCAUCAAGUACCGGAAGAAUGAGGUCUUUAUGGAUGUCAUUGAGUCGGUCAACCUUCUGGUGAGUGCAAACGGCAGCGUCCUGCGCAGCGAGAUCGUCGGCACCAUCAAACUAAAGGUGGUUCUUUCUGGUAUGCCGGAGCUGCGGCUGGGCCUCAACGACAAAGUGCUCUUUGAGAUCACCGGCAAGAAGAGCAAGACAGUGGAACUGGAGGAUGUGAAGUUUCACCAGUGCGUGCGCCUGUCUCGCUUUGAGAACGACCGUACCAUCUCCUUCAUCCCCCCUGACGGCGAGUGCGAACUCAUGUCCUACCGGCUCAACACCACGGUGAAACCUCUCAUCUGGAUUGAGUCUAAAAUAGAAAAGUACUCCCACAGUCGUGUAAAUAUCAAGGUCACGGCCCGGAGCCAGUUCAAAACCCGGUCCACCGCUAACAACGUAGCCAUCUUGGUUCCAGUUCCCAGCGACGCAGACUCGCCGAAGUUCAAGACCAGCAUAGGCACUGCGAAGUGGCUCCCCGAGAAGAACGUGGUGCAGUGGAACAUAAAGUCCUUCCCAGGGGGGAAGGAGCACGACAUGCGCGCUCACUUCGGCCUGCCCAGUGUGGAAGCCGACCAAAUGGAGGGGAAGCCGCCCAUCACGGUCAGCUUCGAGAUCCCGUACUUUACCGUGUCCGGCAUCCAGGUUCGCUACCUGAAAAUCAUCGAGAAGAGUGGUUACCAGGCGUUACCAUGGGUACGCUACAUCACACAGAGCGGCGAUUACCAGCUUCGGACAAACUAGGGGCACAUGAAUCUACAUGCACCGGGACAUUCCCGCUUUGAGCAAAGACGAUGGAUGACAGGAGGCCAUCAGAGAGGAAUGGAGAAGAUCAGUGUCCCACAGGACCCCGGGCUCCUCUGGAGUCGUCUUCAUUACUGCCUGCGGCUAGUUGGUUUUGUUUCCCCUUUGUGGUUCGGUACACAUCUAGUCACACCUGGCCCUUUCGUCUGCCCCCUCCUCGUGCUAUUGAGAAAAAAAAUAGUUUGCAGCUUGAUUCGGAGGACAUCGUCCCCGUUCAGCAGAGAACAGGGAUUCAUCUUGGAAAGAGUAUUGGUUUCCAGCAGGUCAACGAGCAGAACACGAGUGGCGUAACAGAAGGAUUUCAGAGCGACGACCGAAAGCCAUUACUGCAGAGGGCCGUCCUUUGGGUUUGUUUUAGUGCCGAAAUAAACUGAACAAUAUUCCCAUUUGCAACAAAAACAUGUACAGGAAGUCUGUUUCUUAACUGAACUCAGCACAAUGGAUAAAAUGAAAUGAGUAGCUUAUUGUCUGGUAUGAUUUCUUUGUUUUUUUCUCUGUUACUCUGUAAUUGUAACAUAAAUUUCUUUUCUUUUUUUUGUUUUAAAUAUAUACUACAUUUCAUUUGCAUAUUUAUCAGGUACCUGCAGUGAAAUACAUUUCCGAACAGCUAGCAAGUGAAACGCACUGAAGUGUAAACACCGUCUUGAUGAACAAACAUGUCACUUUUGAUUAUGUAUAAAUUAAUAAGAUUGAGGAUAAUGUCUUACUUACUUUCAGGGUCUUAUCCAAGUUACUUUUCGAAGUCAGUUACUGCAUGUGUUUAGUCCUACUAAUGAAAGACUACGUUUUCCUGUAUUGGAAAACAUGUCCUUUUUAAACAAUACGUUUUAAUACUUUGUCUUUUUUUUAAUGUUAGAAUGUUGGGGAGAGAAGCUAACAUUUAGCAUUAGCAUUGUUGUCUCAUAGUGCGGUGCCACUUUACAAUAAAACUGCCCUUAUAAGGGGUUUAUAAUCAGAGUA